CGACGCACCUCGGUUCAGUCCCGCGCGUGUGAAGCCGCAGCCGCCUCCCGACCCGCGCACAGCAGCUCAAUCGACCCAGGGGCAUUGCGGUACUUCGCCCGGAGCGCUGGCUGCGCUCCGACGCGCAUGCGCGGAGCUCAACCAAGUGUCAGUGGUUAACCUUUGGCCGCUGAACACGUGCCGCGCGCGCUAACGCUGGACCGCAGCGUCCCGAAAGGGACCGGAAGACUGCCCGCGCCCCGCCGCGGGACCGCGACGCCAUGCGCACGCCGCCGAGCAGCCCCGCGAAGGCGAGCGCGCCGUCGGAGCUGCCGCGCGCGAAGUCGGCGCCGCAGCUGCGCGAUCGGGACAGCCCGGACAACGUGCAGCAGACGCCGCCGCCGCUCAACGUGCCGCCGAUCGAGCUGCUGCCGCCGGCCGCCGCGACCGCGGGGAAUCCCGCGAAUCCCGACACGAGGCCGCGGGAUCCCGCGUCGCCGAACGGCGGCGAGGCGCGGCGGACUCUGACCGCGGUCCUCGACGCUCUGAUGGGCACGGCCGACGGCCACCGGAGAGAUAGAGCUCUUCGCUUGGAGAACGGCAGCCGCGUCAGUGACUACGUCCGCGAUCAUCCUGAUGGUGCCUACACGGUGCGCCUAUUUGGCGACGGCUUCACGAUCCGGAGGGAGGGCGACGAGUCCCUGCCAAAGCCGCCAUUGAAAAAGCGGCCGCGGCGGGGCGCCGUGCACAGUCUCCACGACGACGACGCGGCAAGCCCGCUCCAGGCGUACGCUGAUCAUGCCGCCUUCCUAGCAGACGUCCGCGACUGCCGCGUCCCGGCGGAAUUCCGCACGGGCGCGGCGAACUUGGUGCGGCUCGAAGUGGAAGACUAUCUCCCUUCGGCCUAUCGCGACGUCCACGCGUACCUCGACCCCUUCCGGCGGGCGCAGAACGGCGAGCCGCCUUUGGCAAAACCGGAGACGCUGUCAUCGGAAGGCCGGUCGUCGCGCCUGAAGCGCUUCGACAAAUCCUGAAACACCCGUCAUCGCGGGACCGCAGACGGCGGCCCGUGUCCCUGUGCAUCCCGAAAUCUCCCUUCCAGUAACGAUGUUGUACAAACGAUUGAAUGCGUCGAUGGCGUGAUG